AUGGAAACCAGAGACUUGGCUGUAGGAAUCUUCUUCCUGACCCAGACGGCACUGGGAAUGGUGGGUAACUCAGCCAUGUUUUUUUGUUUUAUCAUUGCUGACUUCUCUGGAAUCAAAGUGAAGCCCACAGACCUGAUUAUCAAACACCUGACCUGGGCCAAUUUCAUUGUUCUUUGCAGAGGAAUCCCACAGACCACUGCUGCUUUUUGUCAGACUUACUAUCUAGAUUAUGUUUCAUGUAAACUUGUCUUAUAUUUUCAUAGAGUUGGCAGAGGAAUGUCCCUGGGCUCCACAUCCCUGUUGAGUGUCUUUCAGGCCAUCACCAUCAGCCCCAAUAAUUCCAAGUUGGCAGAGCUCAAGGGCACAGCCCCCAGGAUCAUUAGUUCUUCUCUGGGGCUGGGCUGGGCACUGCAGCUAUUAGUAUAUGUCUGCAUCCCUGUAUACACAACUGAUAUAUGGGGUGGAAAAAAUGAUACUGGAAUAAAAGAUUUUGGAUUCUGUGUUAUUAUGAAUCCUGGACGACUACUUGGUAUACUUAAUACAAUCCUAUUGACAUCCAAUGAUGUCAUAUUUUUGGGACUGAUGAUGUGGGCCAGUGGCUACAUGGUGUUUAUCCUUCUCAAACACAAGCAGAGGGUUCAACAUAUCCACAGAUCUCCAUCUCCCAGGUCAUCACCUGAGACCAGAGCAACCCAAAACAUUCUUACCUUAGUAAGCAUCUUUGUGUUUUUCUAUGUAACCUCUAUUGUCUUUACAUCUUACCUGUCUGUCCUUGAAGAAACCAGGAGGCUGUCCAAUGCAGGUGCAGCCAUGGCUGCAUGCUUCCCAGCAUUCUGCCCCUUUCUGUUCAUCAGACAUCACGCCCCUGUUUUCAGACUCUGCAGCAUCGGUUUUCAUCAGACAAUACACCGUGCUUAUGUAGUCAGAGAGCACUAA